AUGUUCAACAGCACCAAGAUCAUCGCCCUGUGCUUCGCCAUCGUGGCUCUCAUGGGCAACGCGCACGCCGAGCAAGAGGUCGCCCAGACGUUUGGACUCAUCACCGCGGGGCUCAACGCUGGCGCGAGCGUUGGAGGCACUGCCGGCGUCGGC